AUGCUGCACAAGGAAUGGGAUGUUAAGACACAACAUGUUCGAAGGGAUAAUAACAAAGCAGCUGAUUAUCUUGAUAAGGAGGGUCUUACAGUUUUGUGUGGCCUUCAUGUAGUUACUUCUACACCUACUGCAUUGCUGGCUAUUAUAGAGGUUGAUCGCGAAGUUUUGUGCAACUACGGCGGACUGAUGGAAAGCUUCCCGUUUUAUCCAAAAAACAAAAAAAAAAAACUAAAAGCUGAUGUUUAUAACUACCUAUGGGAUGGAUCAACUAACUUUUCUGGACAUAUGAGCUACAAUAACAACCUAAUCACAUAUUGUCAAGAAACAGUCAACAAAGCUAAGGAACUAGAGGUUGAGCAACUUUUGAAGAGGUUGAAUAAACCAGCCGUUAGAUCCAUUAAGAUGAGGCCAACAUUCUAUCCAAAAAGAAGCAAUUUUUCACAAUCAAACCCAAUUGCUCAAUUGUGGCACCAAAGUGGAAAUUGUCCAAAAGGAACCAUUCCGAUAAGAAGAACAACAAAAGAUGACGUAUUGAGGGAAGAUUCUAUCCGUCAAUUUGGGAAGAAAAUCAACCAGACCAUUCCUGAUCUGUCUGGAUCAUUAUACUCUAGUAAUGACCACGAGUAUGCCAUAGCUGAUUUGAGAGGAGAUAGAUAUUAUGGAGCCCAGGCAUCCAUAAACAUUUGGAAGCCCCAUGUUCAAGAAUCCAAUGAAUUUAGCCUCUCUCAAAUUUGGAUUGUGAAUCGUGAUGAUUCUAAUAAGGUUGAGACCAUCGAAUCUGGUUGGCAGAGCGACUCAUAUGACCGCACUGGAUGUUACAAUCUUGGCUACUCUGGCUUUGUUCAAGUUGAUAAUAAAGUAGCAGUUGGAGGCAGCCUGCAACCAUUCUCUGUAUAUGGUGGUUCUCAAUAUGCAUUCUCCAUCCUUAUCUGGAAGGAUCCACGAAGUGGAAACUGGUGGAUGUUACUUGGGAAUAGUAUAUUUGUGGGAUAUUGGCCCGCUUCUUUGUUCAAUCAUAUGUCUGGGAGUGCAUCAAAUGUGCAGUGGGGAGGUGAAAUAGUAAACAGAAGGUCUUAUGGCCAGCACACCACAACAGGAAUGGGAAGUGGUUAUGUCCCUCAAGCAGGUUUUGGAAAGGCUAGCUUCCACAAGGACGUUUCUACUGUUAAUAGAAAUAAUCAUCUUGUGUCUCCAAGUAAUUUUGACACUUACGCUAGCAAUGCCAAGUGCUAUGAUAUUACCCCAUUUGGUCAUUCUAAUGACUGGGUGGCCUACUUCUUCUAUGGAGGUCCUGGAAGAAACCGAGACUGUCUGAAGAAAAACUAUAUGAGAAGUUUAAAAAGUCUAAAUCUAUCUAGUUGUGUCAAGGGAAUAAAGAAAGGAAUUGUGGCGUGA